UCUUUAGUGCGGAAGCGUGUGGUUUGGGACAGAGCCGAAACCAGGACCGUAUUGUUCCGGUUGGAGAAAAGCAGGCGUGUUAUGUAUGUGUGUGUUUGUGUGUUUGUGAAGUUAAGAAGGCCAAGCGGGGGGAAGAAGACACCCGGCCGUGCCAGAAAUGGCUCGUUUCGGUAAUAAGCUGAGCUCUUACUCCAUAAGUCAGCUGUCGGAGCUACUCGAAGAUGACGAAAAGCUCAACAACAUAGUGCUGGACCUGGAAGAGGUGCAGGAGGUGCAGCAGAAUAAGAAAGCGAUCCUGGUCAGCAACCGGAGCCUGGCUGAGCAGAACCUCAUUCUGCAGCCCAGGUUAGACCAUCAAAAGAAUGAGCUCACAAAGCGCUACCGCUGCCUGCAGGAACAGUUUGAGGCCUUGCAGCUUCGCAAGUCCCUGCUAGACCACAAGUCUGGCGACACAUCCUUGGACACAUUGCUUGCAUUGUUGCAGACAGAAGGAGCCAAAAUUGAGGAAGAAACUGAGAACAUGGCUGACUCUUUCCUUGAUGGUGCUGUACCCCUGGAUGGUUUUAUAGACGAGUACCAGAGCAAGCGUAAACUGGCUCAUAUGCGGAGGGUGAAGAUCGAGAAGCUGCAGGAACUGGUGCUGAAAUGGCCAGCAGUUGUCCAUGUUCCUCCUCACACUGAACCAGUCUCCACACCUGCUCCCAUCCAUAAAGAGCCUGACAACACCCCUGUUCCACAGCCUAGACGAGCCCCUCCACUGCCCCCUAUCAAAAAUGUCAGUGCUCAGCCUCCGCCAUCUCCAGUGCUGGCCUACUCUGCUGCCCCUUACCCACCAAUCCCACCCCGAGUGAGCCAACCCGAACCUGGAUACCCUGUCCUCUGCAUGCCACAGUACCCCCCACCAGUGCCACAGAGAUCUGCCCCACGGAUGGCACAUCAACCAGGCUUCAUCCUGCAGUGAUUUUGUGACUCCACUUGGGAAGGAACAAUCUAUGCACAAGAUGUCCAGCAGUGCCUUUCUGAAGGUCCUCUUGCCUCAGAAUAGUGUGCACGGACAGGCUGGAUGUCCGUUCAAAUGGGGGUUGUCUAGACAUUUCUACAAUUUAAAAUAUGUCAUCAGCAACGAUACCUUUGUUUUAAUUCGCACUUUAUUAGACUUUUGUUCUUCUGGCAUUGGGAUAUCAUACAAGAUGUCUGGCUACAUUGCAUUGGUUGUGUUAGGCAUAAAUUAAUUCACUGUUGUUUCCAACACCAGGGUAAGAACCCAGUGGAAAUCAAAUGGUCAAAGAUGCAAGAUAAUAUGGUCAAGCAUCGUGGCUCCAUUUCUAUAUCCUGGCAAUUUUAUGUUACAUAAAACUUUCACCUUUUGUAUUAUAAAACAUUUCAUGUCUGGAAUAAAUCAAUGAUGGUGGUGAACAUAAAACCUAUGCAAACACAGACCGAACUGUGUGGAGCAAAUAUUAUAAAUAAAACCAUCUUUUCUUUAACAUCCCAGGUUAUGUGCACCAACAUUUAGCCAAAGAUGUAUUUGACUUACCAGAAUUCAUUUCUAGUCCUGGGGCUAGACCGAAGUUAAAAGCAGGAGUAAGUUUCCAGGUAGAUUAAAUAUAAUGAUUAUGAUGAUUAUGGUGCCAGAAGAAUGCAUUGGUCUGUGUGCGUUUGCCGUGGGUUGAUAUUCCUAGUUAUGGACAGGCUAACUUUUGAGACAUUUGGAUCUGCCAGUAAAUGGCUGUCAUUCAGCUUAAUGCUAGGAUUAAACUGAUACAUUGGCCAAACAAGUUUGCAUGGUUUAAUGGAUGCAGCAGUCCUAAUGUGAGUGAGGAAACUGAGCUGGUCCAUAGUGAAAAGAGACAGACCAGCACCCUGUUGAAAUAACUAAGCACAGCACUGGUACAGAUUUUGAGUUAUGGUGCAUUCUGGGAUGAGUCACUCACUAUGACUAGGAGAUGUGAGAUGUUUCUUGCACUGUCUUAUUGUGUACUAACACUUAAAAGCUAACUCUUUGACAUGUUCUUUAUUUACCUGUCAUUUAUUAGAAUGCUUAGAAUAUUAGAAUAUUUUAACGUGGAAACUUUUGAUUUUUGAAAAUAAAGGUGGUACUGAUUACAUUAGGGACAUUAAACAUUAUUAAACAUGCAAAAUGGUAAAUAUAAUGCUUGCAGCCAUACUAACAUUGAUUUGAAAGAUGUUUUAAAAUUGCUAUUUCCUUUUUUUUUUUAUGACUGCUAAAAAGGAUGGCACGUGCGCGCGCACACACACUGCAUUCUAAAAAUACUGCAAAAUCAUUUCCUAACCAAUUUCUUUCAAUUUUAAGAGGAUUAGCAGAAAAUUGUGUGAUCAUUGGCACAAAUUGUGUCGUUGCUGUGAACCAGAAUUGUGCAUUUUUAUUCUGCUUGUUCAGUUAUAUUUGUUUGUACAUGCCUGUAAUACUUUUUCAUAAAUUCAAGUUAUUCUUUUUCUGAAACUAGAAGCCGAAUAGAAACUUAAACAGUGAACCUGGACAAAGUAAAGGUGAAUUAAUAUAGUAAGUGUUACAAUGAACCAGUACAUGCCUAUGUUCAACAAUCUUAGCUGUUCUUUGUCUUGUGAGCUUCAAUUCUUACCACCUCAUUGAAGUAAAAACUGUACCAUUCUACAGAUUUCCCAAUGUACAACUGUGAAUUUGUCAUCUUCUUGUAGCCACCUAAUGCCUGUAGGUCUGAACAUCACUGUGGUCUCUUCAAAGUCCAUAACUAAAGCUGUCUGAAUUAUCAGGUCAGGACUGUCACUUUUGCUUCUGUACGCCGUAUAAUUACAAGUGUCCUUGUAUGCUGAGAUUAUCAUACUCAAUGCUGCAUGGUUUUGCUCAUGUAUACAAUCUACAUCUCGGGGUUGACCUCAAAUAUUUAGGCCACAGGUUCCUAACUCUGGUCCUGUUUGCAAGUUUUUAGCAUUUUCACUGCUUUAACAACCUCAUGUUGACUAAGAAUGGGCUUUUAAUUAGCCAGCUCAUGAGCUAAAUCAGGAACCCUGUAAAAUAUACAGGGGGUACAUAAAGAUAAGGGUAGGAAACCUGUGGUAUAUGCAAUAUUAUGCUGAAACGUCCUAAUAUGAAUCCGGAUUCAAAGGUUUAUGUAAUAGAUGUCGUUCUAUAGACCUGACCCUUGAUCAGUUGUCUUGACAGGAACUUGUGCCCUAAGACACUGGUUAAAUACAGGAAUCAAAGUGCCUUGUGGUCUUAAAUGUUAAACAGCACACUGUUUCAUACUUACAGACAGGAGAGAGCAGCUCAGCUUUCAUUUGUGGUGAUGUGCCAUUAUGUUCCUCUAGAGCAACCUGGCUGAGGUUUUUAUAACAGCACUUAAGGUACACUUCUUGCUUGGAAAUUAUACAUUAGUGUUCCUAAUAGCAACGAAAUCCUGACAGACACUUAUAAGAGGCUUGUCAGCAAUCGUAAAAGAGCCAGCAAUUUUCCUCAGCAUGUGAGUUUGUGCAUUUUUGUACAUGGUUAUUUUUGGUUGAUGUCUCCAUGUAAAUCUAACAUGUCUGUUUGAUUACACGGUCAUAUAUACACUCCUAAUGUAAAAUAUACUGAUCAUUUUAUUGUAUUAGGUUGUUGGUUUGUUUCUAUGGGAAAUAAGAAAAUUGUCUGAUUGACCCGUGUCUAUUUUAAGGAUAAUAAACAAUAAAGUAAGACACAAUAAUUGUU